AAGAAAGCAGGAAUCUGUUGUCAGCCUUUAAGCAGAGAGCUGCCAGUAAAUCUGGCUCCUCGUUCACAAGAAAAGCAAAAAUAAUCAACCAAAAUGAAUUUGUUCGCAUUUCAAAAUCCAGCUGAGACAGUAAAGUCCUCCGCUCUCGCUCUGCUGCAGACGUUGGAAACCAGGAAAGCUUUAAUAGUUUCUGCUUCUACAGGGAAUGACUCUGGACUGUGUGGAGAUCUCUCUUGCUCGGGUGUUUGAGAGCGGCCAGGCGUACGUGGCCCUGUCCCGAGCCCGGAGCCUGGAGGGUCUGAGGGUCAUGGACUUUGACCCACACGUGGUCCGGGCAGACCCAGACGUUCUCCUCUUCUAUAGGAAACUGAGGAAGGAGAGGUUGCUCAUGCAGGCCUCCAUGGAUCAUUUUAUCUCCAACGACAAAGAAAAUUUCCCAUGAGGAACAUCAGCUUCUCCUGAACCUGUAUGCACUGUGUGCAAGACAAUAAUUACCAUGUGACUGGCUGGACUGCACUGCCACCUGCUGGUCAUUUCAGCAACUUCACUUUUUCUUUGAACUUUAGACUUUUUAUGUUUUUAACUAGGAAACCAUGUGUAAUUUAUUGGGGUUUUUUUUUAUACUGAAAUAAA